AUGAUGCCGACGGGGUUAUGGAGGCGUACGAGGGCUGCAGCGCCACAGCGGACUGGGACCAGAGCUGGUGCUACGUGCAGGGCGGUUCCAAUUGCAACCAAUGCCACCGCCGACUGGAACCAGACCUGGUGCUACGUGCAGGGCGGCUCCAACUGUGACCAGGCCCUGGACUCCACCGUGGCCGGCGAGACGCGCAAGUGGCUUGAGUGCUCCCCGUCGACCCCCUCACCGACGCCGGCACCAGACAUCGAGAGUGCCUCAGGCGUUGGAGAGCCGACCAUGACCGCAGCCAUCAUCGCGGUUAUUCUUUCGACCGCCUGUGCGUGA